UGAUCGGACAAGCUCCACGAAAGCUGCGCGUUGCGGCAUCUCGUCCUGGAUGCGAUCCGUGAUCAAACACGCGCCGUCACACACACACACACGGCAUCCCAACAGUACACACACACACACACGUGCGCAUCACGGCAGUAUAUAACAGUACUUAUUUAUUUCCUUCGUAAAUGGCGUUCACGCACCGGGCUCCGUCUCCGACUGACGUUCUUCAUCUGUUCCUGCUACAGCCGCGAGCGAGUUUCACCACGUAGUUCGCUCGCUUGCUUGCUUGGCGACGGCGGUGAUGGUGGCGGUGUUAUUAAGUGGUGGUUGUUGUGUCCGGAGCCGAGCAAAUAUGUCAGCUUGUCAAUACGCGUGCGUUAAAAAGUCCUCCUCCAACUUGAAGGCCAUCUCUGCUCGUGAAGAAUCCAUCUCAUCCCGGUCUCUCGCUUCUGGAAGUGCGGCGAGGGGGGUGGGUGGGUUGUGUGGAUUUCUUCUUCUUCUUCGCGUGAAAUAUAUUUAAUUAAUUCCGGUAAAGGUCAUCUUUUGUGUCCGCUCCACCUCCAUAUCUUCUUUUGACUCUUUUCUCAUUUUCAAAGUCUCUCUUCCAAAAACAUCGCCAACAGGCCCACCCGCUCACCCACUCACCCACCGCUCAACCACUCACCCACCCACCCACAGACCUACACACACACACGUACACACAAACACACACACACGCACAGAGGGGGGCCGAUCUUGAGCAAGGAGGAGAAGAAGAAUAAUAAGGAGAAGUUUUGCGUUCCCGCACUCGCUAUGGCAAUGGUGGUGGGAAAUCCAUGGCGAGAACCUCCGAACGGAACUCCUAUCGCGAGCGGUAACGGCACGCAGACCUCAUCCUCGUCAUCAUCAUCUUCAUCAGCAGCAGCAGCAGCAUCAUCAGCAGCCGUGUCUGGAAGUGCCUCGCUAUUACUGGGGCAGCAGCAGCAGCAAGCCUCAAGUCUGCAGGCAGCUAUCACGGUUGCCGGAAACGUGAGCAGCGUCGAUUCAUUAUCCUCCUCCUCCUCGUUAUCAUCCUCAUCAUCAUCAUCCUCCUCCUCCUCGUCGUCCUCGUCGUCAAAGUCCACGUCCGCCUCCCAUCAUCAUCAUCAACAACAACAACAUCAGCAGCAGCAACAACAACAGCAACAACAUCAACAACACCAGCAGCAACAACAACAACAGCAGCAGCAGCAACAGAACGCGGAGUGCGUGGUUUGUGGAGACAAGUCGAGCGGCAAGCACUACGGGCAGCUGACUUGCGAGGGCUGCAAGAGCUUCUUUAAGCGCAGCGUUCGUCGCAAUCUCAACUACGCGUGUCGCGCGGCGCGCGCCUGCCCCAUCGACCAGCACCACCGCAACCAGUGCCAGUACUGCCGCCUCAAGAAGUGCCUCAAAGUGGGCAUGCGGAGAGAAGGUGGGCCUGCGAGAGCGGUGCAACGGGGACGCAUGCCUUCGUCGAUGCAGCACCCGGCGGCUCCGGGCGGUGCGUACGCGCUGCAGCCCAACGGCGGGGACCCCCUGCUGAACGGCGGCGGGGGCCACGCCGCCUCGUACCUGUCGGGCUACGUGUCGCUGCUGCUGCGCGCCGAGCCCUACCCCACGUCGCGCUACGGCAGCCAGUGCAUGCAGCCCAACAACCUGAUGGGCAUCGAGAACAUCUGCGAGCUCGCCGCACGGCUCCUCUUCAGCGCCGUCGAGUGGGCCCGGAACAUUCCCUUCUUCCCCGAACUACAGGUAGGGGACCAGGUGGCGCUGCUACGGCUCGUGUGGAGCGAGCUGUUCGUGCUGAACGCGGCGCAGUGCGCCAUGCCGCUACACGUGGCGCCGCUGCUCGCCGCCGCUGGGCUCCACGCGUCGCCCAUGUCCGCCGAGCGCGUGGUGGCCUUCAUGGACCACAUCCGCAUCUUCCAGGAGCAGGUGGAGAAGCUCAAGGCGCUGCACGUCGACUCGGCCGAGUACAGCUGCCUCAAAGCCAUCGUGCUCUUCACGUCCGACGCGUGCGGCCUCUCGGACCCGGCGCACGUCGAGUCUCUGCAGGAGAAGUCUCAGUGCGCGCUCGAGGAGUACGUGCGCACGCAGUACCCCAGCCAGCCCACGCGCUUCGGCAAGCUGCUGCUGCGCCUGCCCUCGCUGCGCACCGUCUCCUCCGCAGUCAUCGAGCAGCUCUUCUUCGUACGGCUCGUCGGCAAGACGCCCAUCGAGACGCUCAUUCGCGACAUGCUGCUGUCGGGAAGCAGCUUCAACUGGCCAUACAUGUCCAUACAGUGACGGUGACGGUGGUCGCGGCGACGCGGGGUGCGGAUUUCAUUUCCCCCACCCGCCCGGAGCGAGAAGUACGAUGGAUUUGGAGUUGCCGGGUGCGGGGAAUGCUUGCCGGGUCGCUGCGUCGAUCGGAGCGGUUGACGCGUCCUUGGAGUAGCCGUGGCCACCGUGGGAGAGAAGGAUGCGGUGCUUGCCCUAGAGCGGGAGUCGGGUUGCAAAGCCGGGUGGACGCCGGCUGAAAUGAAUCCCUGGCACUGGGCGAGAGCAGCGGAGGAGGAUGCAAAGUGCGGUGGUGGUGGUGGUGGUGGUGAUUCAUGGGGAGUGGUGUACGAUGCACGGUGAUGAUGAUGGUGGUGACGGUCGGGGAGUGAUGUGUUGAGUUGGUUGUGGCCAUUGUUGGCAUGAUUAGUAGCUGCAGUAGCUGUAGCAAUAUGCACUUUCCAUCAUCAUCAUCAGCAGCAGCAUUGCCAUAAUAAUAAUUAUAAUUAUCAAAUCAUAAUCUCUGUAUCUAACCACUACAUCAUGAUCAUAUGUUCAUCAGCAGGACCAACGGCAUUACAUCAUCAUUUAUUUAUCAGCAGCAGUAACACCGAUGUCAUCAUGAACAUCAGCCGUGGGCAAUCCACUGCUGGGUAAAGGCUUCCCGAAGCCACCACAAUGUCUCGAUCUACGGAUCGAUUCACUCUCCGCAUUUCCUCGGCGUGCAUUUUCUCGCAUGUGAUGUCCCAUGACCACCACCAUCACCAUCACCACCAUCGUCACCACUGAGCAAAGCACGCCCGUCAGCUUCACAGCGGACGCUAAAAUAACUCUGUGGCGUAGCUGCAGAAGAGUGGGGGCGGUGUGUGCCCACGACCCCAGAGUAUACAUUUUAAACGACGCGAAUCUCGGUCGAUGGCAUGAACAUCGUGAAGCAACCACCACCACCGCCGCCGCUGCCACUCCAAGCGUCCACGUUGACUUGUCCGCAAAGACGAGAGGCGAGCGACCCGUAAACGGAACUACUCGGGAGUGAACAUUCGAAGUGAUGUCGUGAUCGCACGCAAGCCGAGGACACUGACAAUGUACGUACGCAUGGCAAUGAACUCGCAGUCAUGAAGCCCAAUGGAAGUCGGUCUCUCUAGAGCUGCCUGCCCGCUGCACGCGUGUUGGCGGGCGGCCGGGUGUGGAUCGUGUCGCCCUGCAGAAAUAUUACGUGAACGGGGCGAACGCUGAAAGACAACGGGCACACGAAUGAAACGUGCGCACACUACACAGAGACGGUGAUUAACAUUAUGCGUGUGUGUGCAUAUAACCUUGACGGGGGAGGGAAAUUGUUAGAACUUUUUAAAAUUGUACGUCGCCGCGCGUGUGAGCGUUAUUAUUUGUGUCUGCUGAGAUUUCUCAUUUUCGCGUGGAAGGACGAGGCAGGGUGGCUCGUGAUUAAGACGUUCAUUUUAAAAUCAUCGCAGGUCUUUGUUUUACCUACUGCAGCGGCUCGCCACGCGAUUGUGCCGUGAGGCUGUCCGAUGUGGCGUUCGAGUUGUAGCGCUUCUUGCUCGGCACCACGCCCGACGUUUCCUUCCACAUGGCCGGAGGCUUCUUCAGGAGCGGAAGAUCUAAAUCUCCCGGCGCGUGGCGCGGAACGUUGGACAUCGUGCCGAACAACGCGCGGUGCAGCCCGAAAAAACGCAGCAGAUGGAAGCAUUUGCGGUUUUUGUUUUGUCUUUACUGUCGCUGAGAUGAAACGAAGGUUUCAACGUUUCGGAUGACCGGCCUUUGUCAGGAAAGAGGCAAAAAUCGCUCAAAAUGGCUGAGAUCGUCCUUGACUCGCAGUGAUGGGGAAACAACGCAAAUAAACGAAGAGGUCUUCACUGCCAGUGCUGCUGACGCUGCCACACUGCGCCAUCGCUUCCUUCCUUCUGCCAGAACAUAACAGCUGUUGCAAAGUAGACAUCCGACCGCCGAGAUGUUUCAUACGACCUCACCACCACCACAACCACCACCACCUCCACGUGACUUUAGGUCUUCAACUCGGAUCGCCGGCCCCUGGUUGCCAAUCCACCUGUCUGGGUGACCUGCCCUCCACCACCUUGCACCACGUAUCCCCACCCAUCACGAACACCUCCUGGUGACAUCUACAGCACUCUCCUGCCACCGCUCUGUGUUACGAACCUCCAAGUCGCUUACCCAAUGAAAUGCCCAGCUUCCUCUGAACGCACCCUGUACUCCUCAAAGGCUAGGAUCUUUUGUUAGAGCCACUUUGUUAAAGUCCAGCUGUUUUUGCCGCUGUUUAUUAUGCUUGUUAUGAAUUGACCAGCAAUCCGUUACGUAUGUUCGCAGAUGUAUACUUUAUCUAAUAACGUGGGGAGCGGCGGUGUAGCGGUUAGCACGCUGGUGAUCCGAGUUAGAUUCCCGCUCACGGCCAACAUCGGUGGUGAUUAUCUGAACUGGUCCUGGGCCUCCCCUAGGUCGACUCAGAGUCAAAUUAGUAUCUGGUGUGGUGUGUGUGUGUAAGCAUCACCACAAAGGAGACAAAGGCUGCCUGCCGGGCGUGGUGCUGGCCACCCACCCCCUCGUGUGCCCUACCAGCCUUCAUAGGUUCUAGAUUUGAAGCUUUCGUGACUGCAAGGAUUCAUAUUCUUAGUUUUUUUCGGUAAAGUCACGUAGGUGACUUGAUACAGCUAUCGUGCUGUGACUGUUCCACCUGAAGACGGAGGCGUGUGUUGCCUCCGAAACGUCGUGAUUUUUAUUUUAUUUUUAUUUAACUUUGAUUAAUUUGAAUUUUUUUACCUACGUGACUUUACCGAAAAAAACCUAAGAAUAUAUAGCCUUCAUAGGUGUUCGCUAGCGGCACUUUCCCCAAAAGUCUGUUCAGGCUACACGGGGGAUCUUUGUAUAUCUCCUACUGUGGAUAUGCAUAAACGUGCGUUUAGAGCGUUUGGCUGCUAUGAAUGUCCACGUGAUGAUAAGCCACUUCGUUGAGCUAUCAUUUGUGGCCAGGUCGCUUCUGACAAAGAGCUAUGCAGCUCGAUGGGGGGGGGGGGGGGGUCCUUACCUGGUCAAAUAAAAAUAGGACUCGCAGUUUAGUUUGACGCUGCGAGCCGUGUGUGUGUGGUGUGCCCACUGCUUAGCAUCGCCUCUCAUAUCUCACACUCGGUUUCCCUCUCCUCCUCCUCCCACUGCUGCUUUAUCCUCUGUGCUAUUCUCGCUCCCUGCUCACGUGCGGCAGGAUGCUUGCUCUGAAUUAAAUAUGAGUUUCAAUCUGCUGCUGCUGCUGCUGACACAAGCAACAUUGCCUGCCCUCGUGCGGUCUCAACCACUUACGUGAACAGAUAAAGGAGCAGCCCUGCAACUGCCCACCAUUUGCUGUGCAAAAGGGCCUCGACUCGAGGCAGCUCUAGAGACGCCCCAUCUGCAAUGUAAUUGGUCUACUCUUCCACAUUGGCCAGACAUCUUGGAAGACGUGGGGGUACCCCACCAUACGCAUCCUGGGUAGACAGAGGUGGGGACGGGAGGGGGGGAUAUUGUUGUUUCAACUGCCGCGCCAGGAGGUCGAAUCAAACCUCUGGAUUGCAAAGCAUAGUUGGCUCGCCAUGACACCAACCACUGUUGUUAGCACUGUGAAAAUUCCUGACAUCUUAAC